UGUACCUUGCCUGCAGGGAAAACGUCAAAGCAGGCGGAUGCACAAGAACACAAACAGACAGUGAUAAAGUAAAAACAAAAGCAAUUCCGCUGGCAGUUCAAUGGUUUUCUCGUCCUGUUUGGUGCGAGAAAACUAAAACUUUCCACCCAAAACUAAGGUGUAUCAAAAUGGCAAAUAAUGGCAGCGCGCAACCAAACAUAAGUAAAUACUUUGCCAACGAUCCACCGAGCUGUUUUGAUAGCUUAACUGCUGCCGAUGAUGAUGGUCGCUCUCAGCGUGCAGUAGCCGAAGCGUACCUGUCGUACGAUUACCUGGCAAACAGCUCCAUGGACCAGCAAGCGCAAACAAACAUUCCCGACAGUGUACGCGACCUGUGGGAACCGCCCAAGACGGUUCCAGGCAUUCCACCGACCAGUCUCACCAUGCCGGGCGUGAGUGUAGCGACCGAUUUGACUGACCCGGUGCAGGAUGCGGUGGGGUUGCUGGUGGACGCGACCGAAGCACAGCAGCGAAAGCUGCUCCUGCCGGACAACGUUACGCAGGACGAGCGCGGACUGCGCGAGCUGAUCGAGAAUGGGUGCUUUCGGUCGGCUGUUAACUUGACGGCGCGCCUGCUCACGAUAAAGCAGCAAGGCUUCGGGCAUGCAGGACACCCGGUGAAGCAUAGCCCAAACUCGCUGCAGCUCUGGUUUACCCGGCUGGCGUUGCUCGUCAAACUGGGCCAGUAUGAAAUUGCUCGCGUGGAAGCGGAACCAUUCGGGGCGCUAAACAAUCCGGACGUGUUUUACGAGUUUUACCACCCGGACAUGCAUGCCGAUCGGAAGGGUUCGAUGGCCCCUUUCUCGUUCCGAUUACUGCUCGCCGAACUGCCCGUUUAUCUUGGUGCGCCACGUGUCGCAUUGAAUCGAUUGACGGAUUUGCUGGCAGUGGUAAACCAGAUACGGUCGUACUUUGAACGCACCGCUGGAACUGCGCCACACGCAAAGGAAGCGCACGAGUUCUGGACAACGCGCGAGACGCGUAUCCUACAUUCCAUCGUUAAUUGUGCGCUUGCGGUGAAAGAUUUUGGGCUGGUCGAGCAGCUGAUGGACCGGUUGGUCGGUGCUGGAUCGAUUCCGCAGAAGCGCAUUCUGCUGUCCGCGUGGGGCCGAAUGCGGCUGCAGUGUGGAGAUAUGUUGGGAGCGGAGAAGAAAUUCGCUGAAGCACGCCGUCUUAAGGAAGAGAAAAGCUCGGAAGCACCCGAUCUUAUCGACCGUGGACUGCUGGCCGUUGCCCAGAACGAUUUCCAGAGUGCAUUUGAGCUGUUCCAGAAAGCGUCCGCGGCGGCCCCGACCAACACGAUGCUGUACAACAAUAUGGGCGUGUGUUUGCUGUAUUCGGGCAAGCUGAAGGAAGCGAUCAAGCUGUACGAAGGUGCAAUCCAACGUAACACCAAGUCCUGCCUGAACGAAUCGUUGCUCGUUAACCUUUCGACACUGUACGAGCUCGAAUCGAACCAUGCGAAGGAGAAGAAAAUUAAUCUGCUGAAGCUGGUUAAUCGACACCGGGCCGAUUUGACGGUGGGGUUGGACGUAUGCCUCAAGCUGCAGACGACCGUGUAGAAGGAUUUACUUUAAGCCUGUGUGGGGUAGCAAAUGAAAAAAGACAUCUAUUUGUGCUUAUAGGCAGCAGCGAAACAGUGUUAGAGAAUGUCUCAAACGGUAAAGGCAUCAUAUGCGAGAGUAAGAAUAGUAGAAGCUGAAAGCUUGUGCUGGUAAUGGUAACUGAAAAUAUAAAAAUAAUUAAAGGAAA